AUGUCAAUGAGAGCAAAUGCCAUCAUCCGAAGAUAUCGCACCAGGACACUAGAAGGAGGACUUGUACUGAAACCGGUCCAUUUCAAAAAUGGCAACACUCGUCUCAGAGUAUUCCCAAAAUAUGUUGAUGAAUCGGAUGCAUUGCCCAUUCCAAUGGAGAGAAAUCGCGAAAAACAUCUAUCGGGUGAUGACAAUUCGUCGAAAGGCUCUACAAAUCCGACUACACCUCCUGUAAAUGGCACUGCUGGAUCAUUUGCUGUCAAGCGCAGCUUUAGCGAAGAGACAGAACUACGAGAAUUGCGCUCUUCACCUAAGAGAUCACUUGCUGAACCGUCCGCAGGUGGUUCACCAGUUGAUGACGGCACAACCUCGUUUUCACAGUUUAACAGUUCUGCACAAGCACCGAAUCUGCUCGACAUUUUAUUAAAGCAUCAGUUGACGAAUCGUGACCCGGCAGCGGAUUUGCUGGCUCAAGGACUUCUAGGCCUUCCAACGAGCUACAUGCCAAUGUGUGGCUAUCCACAGUACGAACCGCCAUCAUCAUCACUGCUUGCUUCAUCACUAUCUAGUCUUCCAACUGCAUCACUCACUUACUCGUCACCCGUCACUUCCUACGGAAAUCCGUUCGUAACAGCUCCAUCGCUCAUCAACUCGCUGGCGAACAAGAACGAAGAGAAAAAUGAGCCCGUGGUUUGCCCCACAAGUCAGCUGAGCGAGUUAUCAAUAGGCAUGUCUGAGCCGGCUAUCACGGAAGCGUCCAAGCUGACACCUGGAAUGGUUAUGAUAGCAGGAACUCGCAACGAACGGGAACCAGAGCCAUUCACCACAAAUCUGAUGAUCUCACCUGAUGCGAAUAGGAAUCACCCAUUAUUCAAGCAAUUCCUGGCAACUGUCAAAGAAUUGGAGAAACAAAUGCUCUCAACUUACACCUCAUGA